AUGGACAGAGAAGACGUGGAUGUGACCCCGAGAGCUCUGAGAGUGGUAAAUCCGGAUUUGAAGGAGGAUGCAGAUGAUUUACCGCAGCUUGGUACCAGAAAGACCACCUUCUCACCUAGAUCGAUUUCGGGAUCCUUAUCUUCAAUUUGGGGAAGAAGGCAUGCCACGUCCUCUCAACGCGAUUUCCAAGACGAAAGUUUCACUGUCGCACCCGACCUGGAUCUGGAUUACAGUCCACCUUCACGCGGCUGUGUCUCGUUCUCAAUCCUCCUCACUGCUCGCAAAUCAUCAGCUCCUGCAGGCAGCAAGAAGAGGUUGAAUGGCGACAGGGACAACAAGUCUUGUUCACAGAGCCGCCCUCCCGUCUCCGGACCAUCCUCAAAUCAUUUCACUCAUCCGCAAAUAAUACAAGGGCGAUUCCCGUUAGACCUGGACGACGAGCGGUCUUCGACGUACAGCUUUGGCUCUUUCUCGACCGAUCAUUCCUCAAGACACUCAAACAAGGUUCAUCAGAAUCCAGCGGGAAACCCUCCAAAACGUGACAUUUUUGGACAAGUGAGCCAUACAAUCAUGCCGUUAAUCCUUCCCAACGGCAUCUACGCGAAUGGCGUCCCAACUGACCGAGAUUUGCGUAAUACUCGCCCUAUCAACAAUCACAUCAUGGCCCCUGCUGCUGUUCAAGCGCCAACCUUGCAAAACAUCUUAGACUAUCGAGGCUCUCUUGUAAACGAGGCUUCUGCGCCGUCCAUACCAACUCCCGUCCAUCAGAAUGAGCCGCUCGUUAACGGAGAGACAAUUCCUUCGGGUCCGCCCCCGAGUGUCGCAGGCACAAUGAACCACGAAGACACUGUUGCUCUGCCCGUCGACAGGGACUUCAUCCAGCCUCAGUUCGACGCGUAUCAUUUUCACGACAACUUCCGUAAUCCUGCACCAAGCCACCUUCGCCAUCCUCUGCAACCGCCACCUCCACCUCCACGGAACUCUCCGAACGUGCCGGUCGUCCCAUUGCCAGCCGUCGCUGCGCUAAAAGUGGAAACCUUCGCUUUCAAUGUCUUGGACGCAGGUACAAAAUCCCCCAUAAGUACAUAUGUCACGUUCGACAUUACCGCUAUCAAACAGAACUACCUCGAGACACAAGGUCACACCGAUCAGCCUCAACAUCAGUCCUACGUCCUCAUGGAAAACGAUGAAGGCUCUCUGAUUGAUCUUCAAAUCCAAACCUACGUCAAAGGUCCUGCCAGCAAGCUCUUCGAGGUCGGGGUCCAAAGCAUUCAGAAGCUGCGUGUCAAAGACCGCUGGACUCUUUUACUCAAGCUUAAUUCGAAAGACAAUCCAUUGAAAUCUAAACUCUCUGCCUCCGUGAAGUCGGACACCAACAGAAAGUCCUCAUCCCUUUCAUUGAUCGACCAGUUCUUGGCAAGCCUUAAGAUGGACAGCAAGAGGAGUGAACCAGUCUCCGUCGAGGCAGUGGUCAAGUACCGCCACGCCUUUUUGCCGGAGGACACCACUCUGGAGACACGGGCCGUCUGCCGCCUUGCGCCGCUCGCUUCCGCCGCGUCCAUGGACACUGUUGAAACUGGGAAGCUCGCAGGCUCCAUCGUCCGUGCCCUUGACCCAGGGGUCAACACCGUCAAGCUCCUCUCGGUCGAACGACCAGAGCAACAGCACCGCCUGGGCUUAGGUGGCCGCGAGGGGUUGGCCCUCAUCUACGACUUCCGACAUGCGUUGGGCCAUGUCGUUUCGGAGUCAGUCACCUGGGACCUCGCGGUCCUGGAGACCUACUACCGACAUGUCCUUGCGGCGGAGUCUGCGGAGACGCAGACUCCAACGCUUCGAGACACCAUUCGCCGCCAUGUGGCAACGGUAGCGAAUCGGUUCUCGCCAAAGAAGUCGGGUGUUGCUGGCGCUGCGGGCGAGGGGCGCGUGGGAUAG